AUGCCUUCUUCUCUUUCCAAAUUGUUCAAAGCCGCGACGACGAAUGUCUCCUCUCCGAUCCAUCAUCACGACUGUCACUCUAACGACGUGGAGACCACUACAGCUCCAGAAACCGAGACUUCCGUCGUCAGACAACAACCCGAGCCAUUCAAACUCGUCCGUCCACCGAAGCAGUCCCACAUCAAUCCGAUCAUAGGUCGUCCUUAUAUCCAAUACUAUGGAUAUGCAAUCCCCAACGACUGGCUAAUCCGUUUCGCGGAGAAAGAAUGUCCAGAAGUGUUGCCCGAACGCGAUCACAAAUGCUACGAGUGCGACGCCAUGUUGCGGGCACGCGAGUUCAUCUCAGCUCAAUCGGGCGUCUGGUCGUUCGAUUUCAAAUUUUGUUUCAAUCCCAAGGAUGGAGAGGUGCCUCCUCUGUGGUUCGAAGCGUUCAUGGCUAAAUACUUCAAAUCCGGCGAUGACGAAGUUAGGGCCGUUCAAAUUAACACCGUUCCGGUGUUAGCUGUGUGUUCUGAGCAAGACGACUCAUUCAAAGAGCGUCCGACACAAGAACAGAUGAAUAUCCUGACACGGUUGAUCGGUGGGUUGUAA